AUUAAGAAUGUCACAAGAUCUUGUAAAAAAGAUCAAGAAGUCAAGAUCUUGAAUCUUACACUCAAGACCAUGGGAACAGAAAGUUCACGAUAUUAAGUGAAUCGAGUCAAAUUGUUUCAAAGUAUUGUAAUACAACUUUGUUUACAUUUUCUUUCUUAUAUGACAGCCAUAACCAUUGGACAUACAAUCAUAUGUGACCAGAGGCUCAUCCUUGAUUUCCCUGAAAAAUCAUCCUUGAAAAAUUUUCAAGUUAUUCUCAGUAUGACAAUUUUUUGCUGUUAUGUGUGAGGAAAAGCGUGAAACAAAACGGUGGUUCAAGCAUUACCAAGAUCUUGGUUAUAAGAAGUUCCACUAUGGACGCCAGAACCUUAUUUUCUAAGCAUAUUAGCCCUGACUUACGAUAAACGUUUUUGGCGCGACAUGAUCCUAGAGGAGUCUUAGAACUCCGCUUCUUGGCAUGAGUUCAGCUUGAUAGUUAAUAUGGGUUGUGGAUAACACCUUUUAACCUUUGGAUCUAGGAUAAUUGAGGAAAAACUCAACAUUUUGAGUUCGACUUUUACUGUGAAUGUACUUUGAUUGGAAUAGCAAUCGGUGAAAAUUUCGUUAGGAUCGAAUAUUUUUUCUUUUUCUGAAAUAGUUUUUUGAAUGAAGGAAUAUUUUUGCAAUACAGAUCUGAAACAGAUCAUUGCAGAUUGUAGAUUCUAUGCAAAUUUUGCCAAGAAGUUUGCAGACAACAUGUUUAGGAGAUAUCUUAAGUUAAUCUUCUUGUUCCUACACAGAUGAUAGUUUGUUCUGCCUUUUUCAAAUUAGUCAUCAGAAACAAGUGAAAAAUGGGCAAAAGCAAUUCAACGUCUUCACGAUCAAUUUUCUGAUAUAAAUGAACAAUUAAUUAAAUUACGUUUAAUUGAAGAACGAUUUGAACAAACGAUAAAAAUUAUCACCGUUUUACGUAGUCAUUAUGAAGAUAUUAGUCUACAGACAGUAGCGUUAAAACCAGUUAUUGAAAAAUUGUAUAUGUACAUCCGUGAAUACAAGAAAAGAUCAACAAAUACGAAUGAAGAAAAUCGUUUAUAUAAAAGUGAAACAAAAAAAUUGCGAACAAAAUUAGAUGAUUUUCAUCGAGCAGAAGUUUUGAUGCAUAAUAGACUCGAUGAACAAGAGUUGAGUUUAAUUCAAUUACGAAAAGAAUUAAAGUGA